AACAGUUCAAUACAUAGAGCGAUUCCUUUGUAGGAAUGGAAUUGCUUUCAACGUUGUGCGCUCAAAAAGUUUCAAAUUAAUGGUUGAAGCUAUUGGAAACUAUGGUCCACAUCUAAAGCCUCCUAGUUAUCAUGAGUGUAGAGUUCCUCUUCUUAAAAAGGAGUUAGAGUAUAUAAAGGAAAUGUUGAAAAGUCGUGAAGAAGAAAGAGAAAAAUGUGGAUGUUCAAUUAUGUCAGAUGCGUGGACGGAUAAAAAAAAUAGAACAUUGAUCAAUUUCUUAGUAAAUUGUCCAACUGGUUCUAUGUUUGUAAAGAGCAUUGAUGCAUCUGCUUAUAUGAAAACUGGAGAAAAGUUGUUUGAGCUCUUGGAUAGCUUUGUUGAAGAGAUUGGAGAGAAAAAUGUUGUGCAAGUAGUUACUGAUAAUGGAAGUAAUUAUGUAUUAGCCGGUAAGUUGUUGCAAGCUAAAAGACCACAUUUGUUUUGGACUCCAUGCGCUGCACACUGUAUUGACUUGAUAUUAGAAGACAUUGGAAAAAUACCUAGAGUCAAGAGAACAAUCCAAAGGGGAGUUACUCUUGUGGGUUUUAUUUAUAAUCAUUCAUUGACUUUGAAUAUUAUGAGGAAGUUCACCAAUAAAGCUGAAUUGGUUAGAUAUGGAGUGACAAGGUUUGCCACAACAUUCCUCACAUUACAAAGGUUGCAUAAUAAAAAAAACAACCUUAGAAAAAUGUUCACUUCCGAUGAGUGGUUAAAGUCCAAAACAGCCAAAGAAGCUAAAGGAAAAAGGGCAACAGACACUGUACUUAUGCCUUCUUUUUGGAAUGAUGUGGUUUUCUGUCUUAAGGCUAUGGGGCCACUUGUGCAAGUUUUGAGACUUGUUGAUAAUGAAAGAAAGCCUGCAAUGGGUUAUAUAUAUGAGGCAAUUGAUAGAGCUAAAGAAAGCAUUCAAAAUGCAUUCAAAGGAAAUGUAGACAAAUAUAAGGAGAUUUUUGCUAUAAUUGAUAGAAGAUGGGAGUGUCAACUUCAUCAUCCAUUACAUGCUGCAGGUUAUUAUCUGAAUCCUCAAUUUUUUUAUAGCAAUAAACAAAUUGAGAAUGAUCCUGAAGUUGUGGAAGGCUUGUAUAAAUGUAUUGAGAGGCUAUGUACAAGUGAAGAUGAUGUAGACAAUGCUACAGUUCAAUUGUCAACAUAUAGAAGAGCUGAAGGUCUCUUUGGUUUAAGUGGAGCAAAAAGACAAAGGGCUACAAUGGCUCCUGGUAAGAGAUUUGUUUAAUUUUUUU